AUGUGCUAUCUGGGAUUCCCCGCGGCGGGCCCCGCGGCCUCUCCUCCUGACCAGACCCAUCUGCAGGCCCAGGUGGUCGACUGCGACAACCCAGACCACGGCCGCGACGACUGGGACGCCUGCCCCUUUGCCCACGCCGGCGAGGUGGUGACGCGCCGCCCCCCGCAGACGCACCUGCCCAAGCUCUGCCCCAAGGCGCGGCGCGCCUGCCGCAAGGGCAGGUCCUGCCCCUACGCCCACAACGUCUUUGAGCACUGGCUGCACCCCAGCCGCUUCAAGACCGAGAUCUGCCAGCACGGCUCGGCCUGCGGCCGCCCCAUGUGCUUCUUCGCGCACUACCAACACGAGGUCCGCCACCCCUCGCCCUCAGCUGAUGACGUCAUGGCCGCGGCGGAGGCCGCCGGCCUGCUCGGCCGCCCCCACGCCCACGGAGGCUGCGGCGGCUGCGGCGGGCGCUGCUCCGAUGACUGCUACGACGGCGGCAUGGGCAUGGGCGACGGCUUUGGCCAUCAGGGCGGCUCGCAGGGCUACUGUGCGCCGGCGCCGGCGCCCGUGGCCGCGCCGGCGCCCGCGCCGUGGCUGGCCCCGCCGGGCCUCGCGGCCUGCGUGCCGGCGGCGCCGCUGCAGCAGCAGCAGCAGGCCAUGCCGCAGCAGCAGCUGCUCGGCCAGUUUGAGCCCGACGCGUCUUUCGCGGCGCAGUGCCUGCAGGCCCAGCCGCCGGGCGGCUGGUCUGUCAGCGACUGGUCCGUCCUGUCGAGCGGCAACAGCUCCCCUUCAUAUAUUGCGACGCCCGCCGCCCCGACGGGCUCCCCUGCGGGCGGCUUCCCUCCGGCCGCCCUAGGUGCGCCCGCCGGUGGCCUGCUGCGCACCGCCGCGUACGGCCUGUGGGACGGCGCCGCCCCGGCGCCGGCGCAGGCGCAGGCGCCCGCGCCGCGCGCGUGCGGCUUCGGCGCGCCCGGCGUGGGUGUGCUGUCUUCGGAGGAUGCGCUCUGUCUGCUGGUUUCGGGCCUGAAUGUCGGGCUGCAGGCCGGCAGCGGCCCCACUGCCUUGGCCAGCGACUACCUGUGGGCGCUGCAAGCGGAGCAGGGCCAUUCCCAUGGGCUGGCCACCUUCUACUGA